AUGUCAUCCACCGCUGCAUUCAGUUCCGUCGUGCACAUGUCUGGCUAUUUCUCCUCCCUCACUGCCCUCACCUCACACUGGCUGCCUCCUCUCACCACCACCACUUGUUUCAACAUCGCCACCGCUGCCAUGGUCUUGAACGCCAUCGCCCUCCGCGAGAUGUAUCUAGAGGCCAACUCUCUCUUCUGGGUGUCUACCCUUGCCGAAGCGGAUGUCGCCUUUGUCCGCACAGAGAUCUUCAGGAACCUGUACAUCCUUUCCUCUGUCAUCAUCACCACCCUCGACAUUUCGCGCACAUUCAAGCAAAACCACCCCUACUCUGCAUCCUGCUGGGUGAUCAUCCGUUUCGCCAUCGUCUGUGCAUGCUACUCUCGCAUCGCGCUGUCGACCAAGUUCAGAAACCAGUUCCCUCAGGGUCCGGAGCGACAGACGGUGCCUCUGAGGGACGAUAAGAUAUCGAUGGAUAGAGUUCAGAGGGAGAGAGAGUAUGGGAUGAAGGAGCCGGUCGGAUUUUAG